AUGGCGACUGAGGUUUGCACUUCGACUUAUCUCAACGACCGCCAUGAUGUGAAGGCGCUCGUGAACUACCUGCCGUUGGACAAGAUGGACUUCGGACCAGACGACAUGCCCGCGCCAAAGAAGUUUGGUGAUUUCAUCGAGUCCAGCAGAGGCAAGGAGGAUUCGUUCAAGCUGGACAGAAACGGCUUUGAGAUUGUCACCCUCCCAGAGAGGGAGCGUGAUGUCUCGACCGAUGAUAAAAUCACGGAAGAUUUUAUGCCCGAGAUCAUAGAUAUCAUCAAGAAGAGGACGGGAGCCUCGACCGUGGUUCCGUUCGCCCACGUGCUCCGCCGGACCGAGAACAAGUUUUUCGCGGAGAUUGUGGACAAGGAGCGCUACAAUCGCUUUUCCACGGUGUGGCCGCACAGCGACUUCCCCGUCGUUUACCCGGAGCGGCUGCCUUACAUCAAGGAAGGCAUCUUGAACUACGACGGCAUCCCUGAGGAUACCCGGGAGGAAUUGAAGAAGGCUGCCGAGUCUGCUUCACGCUGGGCUUUUUUGCAGAUCUGGAAGCCUCUCAAGACGCUGAAGCGCGAGCCUCUGGCGCUCUGCGACUCGUCGACGCUGAGCCAGGAAGACUGGAGGUUCAGACAGGCAGAGGACCCGAGAAUUAUGUAUUCGCUCCUGGCACACACUGAGAAGGAGGAGAAGCACAAGUGGUAUUAUGUCCACGAGAUGAACCCAAACGAGAUGUUCUUGUUCAAGGGUUGUGACAGCAGGCAGGGCGAGCCUGGAUUUACCGGGUAUGCCGGGGCACACACUGCGUUUGCGCUCCCGGACUCUCAGGAUCAGCCUCCUAGGGAGAGUAUCGAGGCUCGGUUUUUCUGUCUCUGGGAGUGA